UGGAAACUUCCAACUAUCCAGCGGGUAUAUAUAAUGCCUGUCUCUAAGAAAUGAAUAGUUGUUUCAGGAUUUGGAUGCGUAUCCGUGUAAUCUGUAAACCUGUGGCCCGCAUUCAGGUACAAAACAAAUGGCUACUGCAGGGAACGUGUACACAGGUUUCAAUCCAGAUGAAGAACUUCGCAUAGUUCUGAUUGGAACGACAGGAAGUGGGAAAAGCUCAUCGGCAAACACUAUCCUGAGACAGGAGGUUUUCAAGACAGACCUCUCACCAUGCUCAGUGACAUCAGAGUGCAGUAAGGCCAGAGGAGUGGUGAAAGGAUGCAGGCUUGCAGUGAUUGACACACCGGGAAUAUUUGACACAAAGUACAAAGAAGAAGAGGUGUUCAGAAAACUGUAUGAAUGCAUCUCUCUCUCUGCUCCUGGUCCCCACGUGUUCCUGAUCGUGAUCCGGUUGAGCAGAUUCACAGUCCAGGAACAGAAAACCGUGGAGUUCCUGCGUCAGGUGUUCGGUGACAAAGUCGCAGCCUACUCCAUGGUCCUCUUCACGUAUGGCGAGGAGCUGCGAAACACAACAAUCGAAGCUUUUGUUAGUAAGUGUGGAAAACUAAGCAGCCUGGUUGCAGACUGUCACCAGCGGUAUCAUGUAUUCAGUAAUACAGUUCCAGAUAACAGGCAGGUGCUCCAGUUGCUUGUGAAGAUAAAAGGCAUUAUCAGAGACAACAGAGGAACAUGUUACACAAAUGCAAUGUUCCAGGAGGCUGAGAGAGCGAUCCAGGAACGUGCAAUGAAGAUCAUGAAGUAUAACGAAAAGCAGAAACUCAGAGAAGAAGAAAAACUGAGGGCCUCGCUUGAAGGAGAACAACUGAAGGAAGGGCUUAAGGGGCUCGAUGAACAAUAUAAAAUAAAAUCAAGAGAAAAGGCAGAGAAGAAAAACAAAUUCAUUGAAACUGGUAUGAUUGCACCAACGGCUGAAGUGGGUAUGGCAAUCGGCGUCGGUGUGUUAGCAGCUGGAGGUCCACUUUGCAUGGCCGUUGGAGCAGUGACAGGUGGAGUUGUUGGGGCUGCCGUGGGAGCUUUUGCACCAGUGGCAGCAAAAGCUCUGAAAAACAAGUGCUCUGUACAAUAAAACAGAUUACAUAAACUAUAAUGACUGUUACUUGGUAAGCAUGCCAAAGAACGGAAAAAACCAACGAAUUCAUGUAUGUACCUGGACCGUAUGUUCUCUAGGCUCCUUUAUAAUAUACCACAAAAUAUUUUAGCUUUUUUUAUUAGUUUUUAUCGUUUCCGAUUUAAAACCAACAGACAACUUAUAAGCACAUUAAGACUAUUUGCUCUAUAAUUAUAGUUGGACAAGCAGCAAAAGACACAGUGACACUUACAAUCAGACAGGUUUGACUCAGUUAACAGCUUAAAACCGCUACAACAGGUUUGUUGAAAGGCGGAGUCCGUCUGUCAUUAGAAUCAAAAACAUUAUAAAUGGUGGAACGGAGACGGUAGCAACAGUUUGAUAUCUAGCUAAAAUUAGUUAAUAUUACUCAGUGUGCUAUUGCUGGGGGUCAAGCUGGUGGUGUUUGUUUUCAUAUAAACCUCUGGAAACAUUAACUCCACCUUUAAUUGCCAUUGGGUAUGACGGGGCUUUCCGCUUCUUUCGCUGUCCUCAACAUGAACUGUUACGUGCAUGUAACCACAGCACAAUCAAACGCGAUUAGUCUCAGACACCAAACGGAAAAAUUCCCUACUGAGAUCUUAUGAACAGACAUUCUGUACAUUCAUAGGCAGACACCAAACCACAUCUAAAGGCAGGGUGUCAGAUUGACAGCAAGUUACUUUCUACCGAAUGCAUCUCUGGGUAUGUGCAAACACGCAAAACUGUGCUUGUGUCAAAUAUUGCAUAUUUAAUCCCCUUUAAGAGAAUCUGUUGUUGAUCAAUAUACUUAUUUUUCUGUAGUUUAUGAAAGCUUUUGUACAUAUUUUUAUUCUGUGCAAAUUUAAAGUACUAACAUAGUUACAUUGUUAGGAAUCUUAAUAUAUGAAAAAAGAAAAAGGGCAUGGUGAAAUAAGACAGUCUUCUGUUAUGUGUGGAUUUAACAUGUAUGUGUGUGUGUGAAGCCUGUGGCGAGGCAGUAGUAGCCUUAUUUUUUACAAAGUGUCUUUAUGGCUACGCUCACAUCGAAGUGUUUUUUUCUAUAUAUGCCAAAUGGUGUUUUAGACAGAUGGGAAGUGGAUGUGUUGCGGAUAAUUGUGCACAAUAUGCAGGCGCACAGAAAAGCUGCAGGCGAAUUCAUCUCAGACCGAUAGUACUUCUGCAACAUAGAUGCAAACCAAGCACAAUAAUUAAUUUAUAAAUAUGUGUGGCGUACUUAUUAAAUGUGAUUUUAUGAAAUAAAAAUAUCACAGUUUGCUGUUCA